AUGUCCCAAGGUCAAUUGGGCAGUCCUCUGCCCGAUCCGACGGCUGACUUGGACUGGAGCGGUUACCAAGGAGCCAUCCAUGAGAUCUUCAACCGCAAUGCUCAGGCUCACCCUGACAGGCUCUGCGUCUCCGAGACCAAGGGUCCCAGGUCGCCUGAGCGCAACUUUACUUACAAGCAGAUCAACGAGUCUUCCAACCAGCUGGCCCACUACUUCCUGGCCAAGGGCUGCCAGCUCGGCGAUGUGGUCAUGAUCUAUGCCCAUCGCGGCGUCGACCUGGUCGUGGCCUACAUGGGCGCCCUCAAAGCCGGUGCAACCGUCAGCGUGCUGGACCCUCUGUAUCCUCACGACCGCCAGAAGGUCCUAUUGGAAGUCGCCAACCCGGUGUUCCUGGUCCAGAUCCAGAAGGCCACCGAGGAGGCCGGACCCCUGGGCGAGACCGUUGCCGAGUUCAUCGCCAACAACCUCAAGAUCAAGGCGUCUGUUCCGGCGCUCAAGCUCCAGGCCGACGGCAGUGUCGCCGGAGGUCUCGUCGACGGCCAGGACUGCCUCCAGCCGCACGAGUCCCUCAAGAGCCAGUUCCCGGAUGUCCUCGUCGGCCCGGACUCAAACCCCACCCUCAGCUUCACCUCCGGCUCCGAGGGCAAGCCCAAGGGCGUUCUGGGCCGGCACUUCUCCCUCGUCUACUACUUUCCCUGGAUGAAAGAGCGCUUCGGCCUGUCGGAGAACGACAGGUUCACCAUGCUGUCGGGCAUCGCCCACGAUCCCAUCCAGCGCGACAUCUUCACGCCGCUUUUCCUCGGCGCCUGCAUCAUCGUCCCUCACCGCGACAGCAUCGCGCACGAGCUCCUGGCCGAGUGGAUGAAGGAGAACCGCGCGACCGUCACGCACCUCACGCCCGCUAUGGGUCAGAUCCUGGUCGGCGGUGCCUCGGCGCAGUUCCCCUCGCUGCAUCACGCCUUCUUCGUGGGUGACCUGUUGACCAAGAAGGACAGCAGGAGACUGCAGGAGCUUGCGCCGAACGCUUACAUCGUCAACAUGUACGGCACUACGGAGACUUCAAGGGCCGUCUCGUAUUUCGAGAUCCCCAGCAAGGCGGCGCAGCCCGAGUACCUCGAUGACCUUCCCGAUAUCAUCCCCGUCGGGCAGGGCAUGCACAAUGUUCAGCUUUUGGUCGUCGACCGUGACGACAAGAACAAGAUCUGCAAGAUUGGCGAGCAGGGAGAGCUCUUCCUUCGAGCCGGAGGCCUGGCCGAGGGAUAUCUCGGCGACGAUGAGCGCACCAGGGAACUGAACAACACCAAGUUCCUCACCAACUGGUUCGUCGACCCCCAGAAGUGGGUUUCCGAGUACGAACAGACUGCUGCCGCGAACCCCAAGCCCUGGAUGAAGCUCUUCAAGGGCCCCAGGGAUCGCAUCUACCGGACUGGUGACCUUGGCCGAUUCCGCCCCGACGGCACGGUUGAGUGCACUGGUCGCGUGGACAACCAGGUCAAAAUCCGUGGAUUCAGAAUCGAGCUGGGCGAGAUUGACACCUACCUCUCACAACACCCCUUCAUCCGGGAGAACGUCACCAUGGUGAGGAGAGACAAGGACGAGGAGCCGACCCUGGUGAGCUACAUCGUUCCCGAGGCCAAGCGAUGGCUCGAGCACACCGCCCAAGAUAGCAGCGCCUUGCUCGAGGCCCCAACAGAGCAGGAUUCACUGGUCACUAUGCUCAAGCGGUUCCGUUCGCUGUCGGAGGAUUGCAAGAACUUCCUCAAGACCAAGCUGGCCCACUACGCCAUCCCGACCAUGUUCAUCCCGCUUGCUCGUAUGCCCCUGAAUCCCAACGGCAAGAUUGACAAGCCUGCCCUCCCCUUCCCCAGCAAGACUGACCUCGCCUUCCUGAACCGGAGGAACUCGCGCACUUCUUCGGCGCUGGCAACCCUCACCGAGACUCAGCAGAAGGUCGCCAAGAUCUGGGCCGAGGUCCUGCCCAACAUCUCCGCCAGGAUGCUUACGCCCAAGUCCAACUUCUUCGAGGAGGGUGGCCACUCCAUCCUGGCGCAGCAGAUGUUCUUCAAGGUCCGCAGCGAGUGGAAGGAGAUCGACAUCCCCAUGAGCACCAUCUUCCAGUCCCAGACCCUCGAGGCCUUCUCGACCGAGAUCGAGAACGCCCAGGACCCCACCGGUCUGCGUCUCGACUACAACCCCGACGGCACCCCUGCCAGCGACGAGGCCUACUCGGCCGACGCCCGCGACCUCGUCCAGCAGCUGCCCAAGUCUAUCGCCAAGGCGAGCACCUCGGUGCCCACGGGCCCCUUCACCGCGUUCCUCACCGGAGCUACCGGCUUCCUGGGCUCGUACAUCCUGCGCACCCUCCUGCAGACGAACAAGGACAUGCGCGUCAUCGCCCACGUGCGCUGCAAGGACCCCGCGUCCGGCCUGCAGCGCCUCAAGACCAUCGCCAAGGCCUACGGCCUCUGGCAGGACGGCUGGGACGGCCGCGUCGAGGUCGUCCCCGGCGACAUCGCCAAGCCGCAGCUCGGCCUGUCGUCGGCGGACUGGGACCGCUGCGCCGCCGAGGUCGACCUCGUCGUCCACAACGGCGCGCAGGUCAACUGGAUGCUGCCGUACUCGAGCCUGCGGGCCGCCAACGUGCUGAGCACGAUGGAGUGCAUCGCGCUCUGCAGCGCCGCCGGCGGCAGGCCCAAGCGCUUCACCUUUAUCAGCUCCACGUCGACGCUCGACACGCCGCACUACGUCGAGCUGUCGCAGAAGAGCGUCGCCGCGGGCGGCCGCGGCGUGCCCGAGGAGGACGACCUCGACGGCAGCCGCAAGGGCCUGGGCACCGGGUACGGCCAGUCCAAGUGGGCCAGCGAGUUCGUGACCCGCGAGGCCGGCCGGCGCGGCCUGGUCGGCGUCGUGAUCCGGCCCGGCUACAUCACGGGCGACCCCGAGUCCGGGCUCUCGAUCACCGACGACUUCCUCCUGCGCCUCUGGAAGGGCUGCCUGCAGGUCCGCGCCCGCCCGGACAUCCCCGGCAACACGAUCAACCAGGUCCCCGUCACGCACGUCAGCCGCAUCGUCGUCGCCGCGUCGCUCAGCCCGCCCGCCGACCCGCUCGGCGUCGUGCAGGUCACGAGCCACCCGCGCCUGACGACCAACGGGUACCUCGGCGCGCUCGAGGAGUACGGGUACACGGUCCCGCUCGUCUCGUACAGGGAGUGGUGCGCCCGGCUGCGGGACUACGUCGCCGACGGUGCCAACACGGGCGACAGGGAGCUCGCGCUGCUGCCGCUGUUCCACUUCGUCGUCGGGAACCUGCCCGCCGACUCGCUGGCGCCGGAGCUGGACGACGCCAACGCCGACAGGGCGCUGCGGGCCCUCGGGUUCGACCCGAGGAACCUGAAGGACGUGGCGGUCACGCCCGAGGCCGUGGGCCACUAUCUUGCGUUCCUGACGGCGACUGGGUUCCUGCCGCGGCCUGAGGCGGCCGGCAGGAGGGCUAUCCCCGAGAAUGGGUUUGAUGUCCGGGCGCUGGAGGCGUUGGAUGGGGCUAGUGCCCGUGGGAGUCGGUCGUGA